CAACGUUUUGGAGUGUGCUGCAGUUCAUAUCCCUGUAGACUGCCCUACGGCACAGUAUAGACAAGCCCUAAAGUUACUCAUGUAUAUUCAUAGGACUGGGGCCUUGACCACGUAAUGAGACAAGCCUGUUUUGUGGACUGACCUUACAGUCCUUUUUCAGACAACACGAACUAAAUCAAAGGAGAGCUGUGUGCAAUGACAGAUUGCAGGAAGGAAGUUCUUUACAUUUGUGGUGUACAUUACUGAAAAAAGGACUGCUAUAAAUUAUUUAAAAUUUUUUUAGUAGUCUUAGUAGGACUUCACAAAUCUGCCCUCUGCUGGUUUAUACAGUUUAGUAGUCACACAAAAUACAGUGUGCUAUUCUCACUCCUCAGCAAAGAAUUAAUAGCAGAGUCUGUAAGGACAUUUUGUAUUAUUAAAAAUUCCUUAUUUUAACAAACUAUUCUAUCGUACAUUAAGAAUUCUGAUCAAUGACAACUGUCAAAAUAAAAAAAGAUUUUGUGAUGCAUUAUUCUUGGGGCCUUUUUUUAAUUGUGUGUUCAUCUCCUUGCUCAUUCCUAACAUUCAGAAAUUUGAAAUGAGUGUCCCUAUUAUUAAUGGGAAUCAGAGAGAGAUUUUAAUAUGCCAUACACUGGUUUUGUGCUAAUUUUUUAAAGGAUUUUUUCCUUUGGUGAAUUACAUAAUGGUUAUAAUUAAACAAAAUUAGGUCAGUGAUAGCACCUGUAGGGUUCAUAAAAUGUACCUUUGCCUCAUGAAGAAUGGCAUUAAUGAAAUAUUGAGACAUUUUUCCAAACUUGGUGCCUGAAAUUAUGCACUUAAAUUAAAAUCUGAUUUUCAAAGGUUCUGAACAAACAAAACUUCUGUUCCUGCUAAUCAUGCUAUCAGUUAUACACAUUCAGCUCAGACUGAUGUCAGUGGAAGCUGUAUACAGACUGGGGGUAUUAUAUGCCCAAGUGAUUAAUGUGACAGUAUUUAAGUAACGUAACAAAGAACGGUUCAUUACUAUUUUGGACACUAUGGGCCAAAUUCAUCCAUGGUGUAAUGCUACUGAGGUGAAUGGGUUUACGUUAGCACAAUGAGAUUAAAGACAGGUUAUAUAAAUAGAAGGAAUAUGCAAUCUUGCAACAAUGAACAGUUCACCAUUAGUCCAUGCUUCUUUCUUUUAAAGUAAAAAUAAUAUGUGAAUGACUACAAGGUAAAAAAAAUUCUUCAUCAAAAACCUCCUAGACAAAUACUUUAUAUCUCAAGCACUCACAGGAAAACAAAAUGCUAAAAGAGGAACUAUUACAUUGACAUAUAAAUGAACGAGCCCCAUCCUGAGUGAUGUUGAGUGCCUUCAACUCCCACUGAAGCCAAUGGGCAUUGCAGGUGCUCAGCACCUUCGAGGAUCAGAAUCCAAGCUUCCCAGUUGUUUUUACUUUCUACAUGGUAAAGUUAAAUUUUCUCUCUUUAAGGCUCUUUUGAAAUUCUCACUGACGUUCUAAUUAGUGAUAAGCAAACCUCAAGACAGAGACAGCCUGAGCAUUUUUUGAUCACAUCUGCAAAUUUUAAUUUUGCUAAGUCUCUCCAACCACAACACAAUGAAUUCCUAUCCAUCACUGUCAACCCACUUUGCACAAUGCUAAUUUCCAGAUUAUGGGUAGGGUGAGCCAGGUGGUUGUUUGAGAUAUGCCUCAGAUAUAAUGGAUGCGACAUAAAAAGUGUGCGUAUGUGUGUUUUGUUUGGUUCCCUUAGUCUUCUGCUGCAGAAGCGGAACCUAUUGUUUGAUCCUUUCAACCUUCGUGAUCAGUUAACCUAGUUUUAUAGUUCAUUUGAAACAGACUUUUAAAAUGAAAGCUGAGACUCUCUUUACAUUUCUAGUGUCUACAAUAAGGAGAGAUCACAGCCUUCUGAGGGUCCCAAAGACCUCAACAGAUUCUCAGAUUCAGAAAGAUCUGGAUGAGCAUUGUAAUAUCUGGGUGUUUAUCUGAACUUUUGAUAGAAGCUAAAUGCACUGAGAUAUCUGCUCAUCUCCAGCUGCUGUAAAAAGUCUCAGGCCAGACCCAAACAUCGUACUUAUACCUUUAAUUUACUCUUUACAAACUGGACCCCAUCAAACCCCAUUACAUUCCUACAGGGCUUAUUCUCAUUGUCUCUAUGACCUAUUCAUUCUCAAUUUCCCCUUAACCAGCUUCUCUUUCCUCUACUAUUUUAGACUUCCCAGUUAUCUUUGUCCUCGAUGUAAAUCUUGCUGUCAGCUGCUAAUGUGAUCCUAGACUCUAUACUGCUUUUCUCUGGCAUGGAUUGUAUUCUGAAGCACUUCAGGCAAACACUAUGGACCCCAAGAUCACAGUAUUACAAAACACUGAAGGUACUACUAGUAGCAUGAAAACUGGAUGAGCAUUUAAGGAUGGAGAGGAGGUAGGGGGGCUACAAUAGGUGUGUGGGAAGGGGAACAAUUUAUUCAGACAGACAUAUGGCCUGAAAUACAGAAUAGGGUAAUAGUGACGUAAGGGGAAAGAUGGGUAGGUGAGAAAAAAAAUCAUGACAGCUAAGACAGAAGAGAGAGGAAGGCAGUAUUUCUGGAUGGUUCAAUAUUUUCUUUGGAACUAGUCCUCCAAGCCCUAAUGUAAACUCUUUUAUCAAGGCUUCAUCAGCAGUGUUUCUUACUGGAAAUUCUUUAUAAUUUAAACUUCAUAUUCUUUAUGCAUCAAUAUUUUACAGCUACUAGCAUGGCAGUAAGUGGAGUUCAUUACUAGCUAGUUACUAUGGCAUACAUUUCUUCGGUAAAGCAAAAGCAUGAAUUGAGGCAAAAACAAGGUACUAUACCUUCUUCUUCGAGCGCUGGUCGCUAUAUGGAUUCCAAAUGUGGGUGUGCAUGUGAGCCAUGCGCUGGAGCCGAAAGACUCUGUAGCAGUGUCUAUUGACCUGCACAUGCACUGUUCGUCCACCUCAUGUUUGCAGCUACAACAGGCCGUGCAGUUCAACAUUGUUCAACUUCCCUCUUACAGCCACAUGGCUAGAGUCAGAACCCGUCCAUUCGCACUCCCAGCUUCGUGAGUGAUUUCUUCUCUGUUUGCUAUGUGUAGAUAUUUGUAUAUUGUUGUUCAUAGUGUUACCUAGUUGUACUCAGUUGUGGAUUAACACAAAGGCCCACAAGACUCAAGCCCAGGGGCCCAGCCAAUUUGGGGGCCCCCAGAAAAAUCUUUAUAAUAGAUCCAUAAAUACUGCUAUAAUCCAGAAUCUAAUUAGUGAUUUUUUUCUUGUUGCUUUCCUGGGUUUUUUCCCCCUUUUUUAAAAGCCAUUUUUUGUGUAGUUUGUUGUUGUAAAUCAAGUAUCGUAGUACAACUCAGGCACUGUAAGUAGAUAUAUUUAAAUAUACUGUGGGCCAUCUAUACCGUAUGCAAAGGACUUCUAUUUUUUGGUACUUAAAAAUUUGUUUCUUUUUAGCUGUUUUUGAAUUUUAAGUACAUAAGCUAAAAUAUUUUUCCAGGGCUUUUGCUUUUAAAUGUACUGUAAUAUGUACAAUUCUUUUUCUGUUACUUGUCAACAAACUUUGAGACACUCCUGUUGCAAUAUGCAAAUAACUUGCUGCACGAUUGGUCAGAUGCCAACAGUUUCCGUUAGAAUUGACAGAGAAUAAAAAAGAAUCUUACCGCCACUGUAUUUGUUUAUGAAAUCCACAGUAUGGAUAAGUGUCACUUAAGGAGAAGUGCUAAGAGAAAGCUGAAACAAGCAAAAGAGGUUAAAGAAGUUGCUUUGCUACAAAAGAUACCAACAAUAAAUCAAUACUUCAAGGAGAAACAGUGGAUAAAGAGGAAAACAUUGGUCUGGCGGACACUAUUGCUAACAGUGGUAGCCUUGGCCUUCAAGAGGAGGAAACUAUAGAUCAGGACCUGCCAGAGGCAGGCAAGCCAGGACUGAGUUAUACUGGUGAGACAAAUGCAAUACAAGCAGAUGAAUUUAGCAACAAUCCUGCGUUGUGGAAUAACAUUGAUGAAAGUUUCAGGAGUUCUUUUGGAUUGCUAUGGGUUCAGCUGCUUUUUGUCAAAACAAAAACAUUAAAAAAUUCUCUGCUUCUGCUCAAGUGAUUGGACAGAAGAUGUGUUGGCUGUCUGAAGAUCUAUUCUCUUGUCAGCCGCACAACAGUGAACUUGUUAUGUGAGACUGGCUUAUUUACUCACUGGAAAUGUUUACUGCUUUGCCCGCAAACUUCUUUCAAUCAAAACACAUGCCUUUAUCGAAUGAUUGAGUGAUUGGAAACACCAUGAACAUUUUUCUGAACAUGAGAAAAGCUUGGACCACUGAAAUUGUAUGCUGGCAUGGAUACGGCAUGCAAAGGCAACAGGUACAGUUGAUGUGGGCCUCGCUCAGCAGUUUCAGGCAGAAUGUCAGUACUGUAGAGAUGUCUUUAACCACGUUGUAGCAGUUAUUAAGUUCUUAAGUGAGCAUGGACUCACAUUCCAUGGUCACAAUGGCAUAACUUUGGGACCCUGUUCUUAAAAGGGUUUAAAAUGACCAGCUUGCAGUUACAGAAAAGCGACUGAAUGCAGUAAUUCAGUUACUGCAAUCACUAGAAUCAUUUCUGGCUUCUCUAUGAGAAGAAUUUGAGAAUUUUGAAAAUGCUGCUAAAAACACAUGCAAGACUCUUUCACAGAAAUAUCCAAGUGAUCUGACUCAUUCUCAAAAACAAAAACAGUUAGCAGAUAACUUGGAAGAACCUGAGGUUUUACUUGAGGGAAGUCAAAAGUUUCACAUUGAGACUUUUUCUGUUGUAAUCGAUCAGUUAUUAAGCUUGUCUUCAUCACCAACUGGAUGCCUGCCUAUAGGUUGUUGAACGACUGCUUUGGAGUACUAUUUGAAAACAAAUUGCUGGACAUUUCUGACAUUCACAAGUGUGCAGCUCAACUUGCUGCAGUUUACCCCAGUGACUUGGAACAAAAUUUUCCCAGUGAACUCAGACAGUUCAAAUUCUUUGUACAAAUGAAAGUUUUAAGGCAAAGUGACCUUCAAUCAACAUUCCUUAAUGUGAAUGUUGCUCUCAGAAUUUUCCUGACCCUACCAGUUACAAAUUGUGAACAAGAAUGUACAUUUUCGAAGAUGGCAAGGAUAAAAAAUGAACUGAGAUCAACAAUGCACUAAAAACAUCUGAAUGCAUUAUCUCUAAUGGCAGCUGAGUCAGAACUGGUUUGACAAAUGGCCUGUGACGACAUUAUACAUGAUUUUUCCUACCUCAAAACUCGGAAGAAAACGAUCAUUUAAAAAGAGGUGGAGGAAACCCCAAAUGGAACAAUGCCCCAGAAUCCAGGCUUCAAGAAAGGUGUCACCUGCCCGCACUCAUUUUCACCAGGGCUGCACUGCUCAGGGCAGCCCACAUCGCCAACCAAUGUGCAACCUGUAAAUCCUUCCUGCCACGGAAGCAGGAGGCCCAAGAACUUUGACUUUGGGAGUUCCUCAUGGAGGAGGCCAUGCGCCCGUGGGCGUGUUCCCAUAUGAAACUGCCGAUGCACCGUCUGUCACAGACAGUUAGUGCUCCACUGAGCCUCUCUCAGGCACAGAUCCCAAUGGUACUGAGAACAUCGGACAAGCCAGCCAUGAGCAGAAGAAACAGGGCCAUGGGCAUAAGGGCAGAUCCCUGUCCAGGACUGCCCAAAAAUGCAGCAUUGCCUCCCCAAGCAGUGCCAGGUUGGGGAAGAAGUCACAUGUUGACCCGGCUGCUCCAACUCCCAAGCUCCCCUGGCUCAAGGGUAAGGACAAGCACCUGUGGAAGCUCUGAUUAUUGCACUGGCACCUGCACGCCUACUGCCUGUACCGCCAAUGCUGCCUGGAGCCUCGGGGUCAUCCCAUGCAACUCCUUGUACUCCUAGCCGCCUUAACCUGCUGAUGUCUACUGAAGAACUGCUACUCCUGUACCCUGGUUCUCCUCUGCUUCCCACUGACCAUCUCCGUCCUGCCUGGCAGAUAAACCAUUACUGCUGCUGUCUGAGUGGUGCAUCCCUUUUCCCCACCUCGACCCUCUGGUACCAAUGGCACCACCAUUGCCAGAACCAUCCUCCAACUUCGAGGGCUUCAUUCUCGCCAGCCCCCCAACAGAAUUCAUAGCCAUGGCACAUACCUCCUCACUUGCCCCGGCUUAUGACCCUGGUGCGAACCACCCAUGCUCGGAGACCUUUACUACUGGGCACCUUAAGAUCCUUACCAAGAGUGCCCUGCCUUGUUUGUAGCUUCGUACCAGCUGUCCCCAGUGUGCCCACUGGUGCCCUCUGUGCAUGAGAAGGAGGAAGGAGAGAUGGAAAUGGUACUGCCAGUUCUCACAGAGGCCUGUUCCUUCCCAGAUGAGGCGCUCAUUCCAACUGCUCUGUCCCCACCAGACGACCACCGCCAAUAUCAGGCGUUAUUUACACUUGCACUCCUGUUGGAGGAGGUCCAGGACACCCAGCAUCAACAGCCGGACAUCCUCCAAUGCCAGGGACCCUCAUGGAUGGCUCUCCCCAUUAACAAGGCUAUCCUGCAACCGGCUCAGAUGGUAUGACAUACCUUUGCCUCCUGCACCCACGCCCCGAAGAGGGCAGAAAGAUGGUACUUUGUCCCCACCCAGGGCGUGGAGUUUCUCUUUACUCACCCACACCCAACUCCUUGGUGGUCUGGUUGGUGGCUCUCAACAUAAAGGACGCCUAUUUCCACAUCGAUAUUCAGCCAGCCCAUCGAAAGUUGCUCCGCUUCACACUGGGGCACAGCCCUUACCAAUUUCAGGUCCUGCCUUUCGGCACAGCAAUGACUCCAAAUUCUUCGCUGUCAUAGCAACACAGAUGUGCAGCCUUGGCCACUCUAGUUUUCUUUACCUGGACAAAUGGCUCCUUGCUGCACUCCUCCACCCCUGCCUACUCUCUGCCAUCUUCCCUCUCCAUCCAUCUCUCGGGGUCUGCUUCAACAAGGAGAAGUCAGUCCUUAUCCCUACCCAGAUGAUCAACUUUACCGGGGCAUGGCUCGAUUCCAUCGCAGCAUGGGUCUUCCUUCCAGCGGACCACUUCAUCACCAUCAUGAAUCAAACUGCUGGCCUGUGCUGCAACCCCCACAUCACUAUCCACUGCUGCCUCCCUCUUCUUGGACAUCUGACAGUAUGCACCUCGGUCAUGCCACAUGCCCGUCUUCACGUGUUGCCUUCAGCUUGGCUCCUCUCUGUCUAAAGACAACGUGACCACCUGGACAGCAAGAUCCUGAUUCCCCAGCCGGCACUACUGUCCUUCAUCUGGUGGACCAACUCUACCCACCUGCUGGUCAGUACUCCCUUCAAGCCAGGAUCACAAAAGACGCCUCCCUCACGGGUGAGGGUGCUCUCUAGGAAGCCACACUGCACGGGGCAUCUGGAUGCCUCGAGAAGCCAGGAUGCACGUAAACCUCAUAGAACUGCGGGCAGUCUAUCUCACCCACCAGACAUCUCUUCCCCACAUACAGGCCAAACACAUCCAAAUGUUCUCUAACAACAUUGCAGUGGUGGUCUACAUCAAAAAACAGUCAGCGCCAGAACUCCCUCCCUCUAUUCAGAGUCCAUCCAUCUCUCAAACUAGGAUAUCAAACAUCAUCACACUCCAGGCUAUGUAUCUUCCUGGCACCCACCAAUGCGCUCAGUAUGAUUCUCUGCCUGAACCACGAGUGGGAACUGCACGACAACAUCCUGUGGUACCUUUUCCACAAGUGGGGCACACAGCAAUUGGAUUUCUCUGCCACUUGCGAGAAUCACAAACUUCCGCUUUACUGUUCCAGGGGAGCUGCCUUUCCUCCCAUAUCCUCCUCCCGCAAAUCCUAUGCAAGAUUUGCUGGACUCGAGCCCUAUUUUGGCCCCGUCAGGUUUGGUUCAUGGACCUCCUGAACCUCUCCACCCAAACACCACUCUGCCUCCACGCACUACCAGAUCUCCUCACGCAGGACCGGGGCCAACUCCAACAUCCCAAACCUGACCCUCUUCACCUCACAGCUUGUUUUUUGGAUGGAGUUUGGAGAUAGACAGUGCAUGCUCCAUCUGUGUGCGACGUAUCCUCAACCAAAGAACUGGGCAUCCACCGGGACCUGCUUGUGAUGUUACUGACAUGAACUGCGACCGUAUAGAUCAUCGUUGCAACCAAAGUCCUAUAGUUGCACCAAACCUUGUACAAAGGAGGUCAGGUAAGGUGUCUAUGGAAAAGUUGUAAUUUGCUGUUUAUGAUUAUGCUGAUAUUACCUCUUACACCUCCUCCAGCUGCUUCU